ACGAUGGACCGCCGAGAAAACGCCCAAGGUUAAUCGAAGUUCUUGAUUCAACGUCUAUGGUGUGGACUGACCAGGAAAAAGAAACCAGAGAGGCAUUGCUCCAAGUAGAUUCUCCAAAUGUAAUUGUCAAAGGCGGAUAUUCUCCGGGCGAAUCGAAUUUUCUUAAUUUCGUUAUGUCGGGCGUUUUUGUGGACAAAUCGCUAUUCAUUAUAGAAUAUAUGAUUUACAGUGAGCGGGCUAUACUUAUUACUCGUCCCCGUCGGUUUGGCAAAUCUACAAACCUUUCAAUGCUUUAUACCUUUCUCAAACCGGUGUCGGAAAAAGAGAAAGAACAAAAGCUUGCACUGUUUAAAGGCCUCAAAGUCGCACAAUUUGGUUGGUUUAUGAAGUUGCACUUAGGCAAUUGGCCUGUCAUUUACGUUAAUUUUAAGGAUCUUUGUGACAAGUCUUGGGAAUUAAUGCUAAAUUCCAUCAAGGAAAGAAUAUCGGACAUUUACAAAGAACAUCGUUAUAUGAUUGAUAAUAAGAAUCUUCAUAUAGAAGAUGAAUCUUUAUUUAAAAACAUUCUCAAUGAAACAAUUGACGAGCCACAUUUAAUAAACGCUAUCUCCCGUCUAACACGCCAUCUCCAUGGCUACUUUGGCAAACAAACUAUUAUUCUCAUUGAUGAAUAUGACUGGCCGAUGGAACACGCGAUAAAUUUUUACUUAAAAGAAGCUUGA